CGAGGAAACUCUCAUAGAAAUGCUGCAAAUGACUGGGGCCCCGCAUGCAUUUGCCACCCGACGGCUCGAAGCCCACCUUUCCCGCACGGACUUUACGGACCGAGCCCGGGGCUGGCGCUUUCGAGGGCGGAGGCUGGGAGCAUGAGACCCGCAGGCUGGGGGCUGUGCUGGACAGCCGCCCUGCUCCUCGCAGCGAUGGGGGCGGCAGUGGAAGACAAAUGCGGCAGAAACGAGUUCCAGUGCCAAGAUGGGAAGUGCAUCUCCUACAAGUGGGUUUGUGACGGGAGCGCCGAAUGCCCAGAUGCCUCAGAUGAGUCCCAGGAGACCUGCAUGUCUGUCACCUGUAAGUCGGGGGACUUCAGCUGCGGAGGCCGUGUCAACCGCUGCAUCCCUCAGUUCUGGAGAUGUGACGGCCAGGUGGACUGCGAGAAUGGCUCGGACGAGCAAGGCUGUUUACCCAAGACGUGCUCCGAGAACGAGUUCCGCUGCCAGGAUGGGAAGUGCAUCGCCCUGGACUUUGUCUGUGACUCGGACCGGGACUGUUUGGACGGGUCUGACGAGGCGUCCUGCCCCGUGCCCACCUGUGGCCCUGCCAACUUCCAGUGCAACAACUCAGCCUGCAUCCCCGAGCUGUGGGCUUGUGAUGGCGACCCCGACUGCAAGGACGGCUCAGAUGAGUGGCCGCAGCACUGCGAGGGCCGCAAGCUGUCAGUCCCCCAAUACGACAACGGCCCGUGCUCGGCCCUUGAGUUUCACUGCCAGAGCGGCGAAUGUAUCCACUCCAGCUGGCGCUGUGACGGCGGCCCUGACUGCAAGGACAAGUCCGACGAGGAGAACUGCACUGUGGCCACAUGCCGGCCUGAUGAGUUCCAGUGCUCAGACGGGACCUGUAUCCAUGGCAGCCGGCAGUGUGACCGGGAAUAUGACUGUAAGGACUCAAGCGACGAGCUUGGAUGCAUCAACGUGACACUGUGCGAGGGGCCCAGCAAGUUCAAGUGCCACAGCGGCGAAUGCAUCACGCUGGACAAAGUGUGCAACUCGGUCAGGGACUGUCAGGACUGGUCGGACGAGCCCCUCAAGGAGUGUGGGACCAACGAGUGUCUGGACAACAAGGGUGGGUGUUCCCACAUCUGCAGUGACCUCAAGGUGGGCUACGAGUGCUUGUGUCCUGAGGGUUUCCGGCUGGUGGACCAGCGAAGAUGCGAAGAUAUCGACGAGUGUCAGGACCCCGAUGUGUGCAGCCAGCUGUGCGUGAACCUCGAGGGCAGCUACAAGUGCGACUGUGAGAAGGGCUUCCAGCUGGACCCGCACACCAAGGCCUGCAAGGCUGUGGGCGACAUCGCCUACCUCUUCUUCACCAACCGCCACGAGGUGAGGAAGAUGACCCUGGACCGCAGCGAAUACACCAGCCUCAUCCCGAACCUGAAGAACGUUGUGGCCCUGGACACAGAGGUGGCCAGCAACAGAAUUUACUGGUCUGACCUGUCCCAGAGGAAGAUCUACAGCACCCAGAUCGACAGAGCCCCCAGCUUUUCCACCUAUGACACCAUCAUCAGUGAGGGCGUCCAGGCCCCCGAUGGGCUGGCUGUGGACUGGGUCCACAGCAACAUAUACUGGACAGACUCCAUCCUGGGCACCGUCUCCGUGGCUGACACCAAGGGUGUGAAAAGAAAGACACUCUUCAAGGAGAAAGGCUCCAAGCCGCGUGCCAUCGUGGUGGACCCCGUUCACGGCUUCAUGUACUGGACAGACUGGGGAACCCCCGCCGAGAUCAAGAAGGGGGGUCUGAACGGUGUCGACGUGUACUCGCUCGUGACGGAAGGCAUCCAGUGGCCCAAUGGCAUCACCCUGGAUCUUUCUGGUGGCCGCCUCUACUGGGUUGACUCCAAGCUCCACUCCAUCUCCAGCAUUGACGUCAACGGCGGGAACCGGAAGACCGUUUUGGAGGACAAGAAAAAGCUGGCACACCCCUUCUCCUUGGCCAUCUUCGAGGAUAAAAUAUUUUGGACGGACAUCAUCAACGAAGCCAUUUUCAGUGCCAACCGCCUCACAGGCUCAGACAUUAAUUUGGUGGCAGAAAACCUGUUGUCCCCGGAGGACAUUGUCCUUUUUCACAACCUCACACAGCCAAAAGGGGUGAACUGGUGUGAGAGGACCGCCCUUCGCAACGGUGGCUGCCAAUACCUGUGUCUCCCGGCCCCGCAGAUCAACCCCCACUCGCCCAAGUUCACCUGUGCCUGCCCUGAUGGCAUGCUGCUGGCCAAGGACAUGAGGAGCUGCCUCACAGGUCCUGAGCCUGGAGCGACCACCCAGGGCACCUCCACGGUCACGGUCAGGCCGACGGUCCGCUCCACAACCAUGGAGCCAAAGCACACAACCAGCCCGCAGUCCGUGGCCAGCCCUGAGUUCACCACGGCUGAGAUGGUGACAAUGUCCCACCACGCCCUGGGCGACGCGGCCAGCAGAGGAGAUGAGGAGAGGCCCAGGAGCGUGGGGGCGCUGUACAUCAUCCUCCCCGUCGUCCUGCUCACCCUCCUGUGUUUCGGGACCUUCCUCCUCUGGAAGAACUGGCGGCUGCGGAGCAUCAACAGCAUCAACUUCGACAACCCCGUGUACCAGAAGACCACAGAGGACGAGGUCCACAUCUGCUGCAGCCCGGACGGCUACACCUACCCUUCGAGACAGAUGGUCAGCCUGGAGGACGAGGCGGCGUGAGCUGCUGCUUCCAGGCCCGUCCUUCCCCGGAACCUGCUGCUGGUCACGGGCAGGAAGAACACUUUCUCCCCAGACCCUUGACCUGCCCCAAACCCUUCCUGAGACCUUGACGCCCUCCCGUUUCA